AUGGACGACGUGCUCGAGGACACGGCAGCGCUCUUUGGCGACGUCUUGGAUGACGACGGCACGAUACACUAUGGACAGCUUGUUCUGACCGUCGCACCCAAGGCCAACACACUGCUCGCCGAUCAUCUGUUUUCACCGUCCCUUUUGCUCGCAGAGCAGAUUGAGCGGGGUCUCAUUCACUUGAGUGGCCAGAGUAUCGUCGAACUCGGGGCCGGGUGUGCGCUCCCCUCGCUCCUGUCGUCGACGCUGUCGCCGCCGCCGUCUCUGGUCGUGAUCACCGACUACCCAGACGCCACGAUCCUGGGCAACCUCGAGAAAAACGUGGAGCGGAACGAGCAGGCGAUUUCCGACGGGUGCAGAGUGCACUAUCGCGGAUAUGAGUGGGGGCAGGACGUCGCUCCGCUGCUGGCGCUGCUUCCGGCCGGGCACGACGGCUUCGACACCGUCAUCCUGUCCGACCUGCUGCACUUUGACCGGGCGCAUGACGCCCUCCUCGCCUCGCUCGCCGGCCUCCUCCGCCGCGCCCCCGGAGCCUGCGCGUACGUCGCCGCGGGCACGUACACGCCCCCCCACGUGUGCGACCGCUUCCUGCAGAUUGCCGAGGCCGUGGGGCUUGUGUGGGAAGAGCGCCCGCCCGACGGCGCGUGGAAGGGCGCGCUCCCCGUCGCCGGCGGCGGCCUCGACGUAGAGCAGCUGGCCGUCCGCAAAGGCAUGUGUAGGUCGUGGGUCGCGCGCUGGUCGGACGCCGCGCUCGUUGCUAGCGGCUAG